UUUAAAAAAAGGGCAGGCCGGCUUCUUGAACAGAACUGUAACCAGAGGCGAUGAGUGUAGCCAGCCUCCCGGAGCCCUGUCACUGUUUAGGGAGGAAUCGUUCAUUCAGUCUAACCCAGGCCAGCAGGGAAUCUGUUCACACUCACACCAACAGCUGCUGUAGGCUCACUCCGACGGAUUCUCCUUGCAAGGGUCUGUGUGAGGCUUGGUUAUUUUCUCCCCCAGCUUCUUAGUUUGUUUGAUGCAGAAGGGGACUGACUGGUGGUGACUUCUGGCCUUGCACCGAGACCUCAAGAUAUGGGAGACCACCCGUGGCCCUCUCUGCUGUAGGAUGGUGACAGGCAGCAGCAGCAGCAGCAGCAGCCGCCGCCGCCUGACCGACAGAGCCGCCAAUGCCAGAGACCGACUGGGACCCCGAGCGCUGGAAGGCGUCGAGCACCGGCGCUUCGGCUCCCCCCAACCGCGCUCCAGCCACGGGCACCCACCGGAGGCGGGGGUCGGACCCCCCGACCGGCCGCCGGAGUCCCACUUCAAGACUUUCCGAGCUCAGUCGGACUACGAGGUCAUCAGGAGGACUUGCGGGUACCUGGAGGGCUGCGGCUUCUACUGGGGCCCCAUGACGGUGGAGGCGGCUCACCUGAAGCUCAAGCCGGAGCCCCCCGGUACCUUUCUGAUCCGGGACAGCCGGCAGAGGAACUACUUCUUCUCCCUCAGCGUCCAGACGGCCAAGGAGCCCAUCAGCAUCCGGAUCCAGUUUCAGGACGGGCUCUUCCGCCUGGACGGCAGCAAGGAGUCCUUCGGCUGCGUCCUGGAACUGCUGGAGCACUUCACCAUCUCGCCCAAGAAGCUGCUGUCCAAGCCCCUCAGGAAGGUCCGGCUGCAGCCGCUGCAGGAGCUCAGCCGGAGGAGGGUCGUCGAGUCCUUCGGGAAGCAGAACAUCGAUCAGCUGCCCCUGAACUCCGUCCUGAAGGACUACCUUAAAACAUUCCCGUUUCGGAUUUAAAACAACAGCAGCAGCAGCAAAAAAAAAACAUAGCAUUACCUGGGGAGAAGCGGGACAACCAAAGCCUCCGCAGUCCUGUUCUGGGGAACUUCCCUUUGUAGCAAUGUCUUUUACUUUUGGAGAAAACUUGAAUUAUUUUCAGACUGUUUACAGACCAAUACAUGUUUACACUAUGUGGGUCCCCCGACCUCCACUCAGAUUAUUUUCUGCCGUGCAGAGUUGUGUUACGAUGAAUUCAUUUUCUAAUGAAAUAAAAUU